UUUUUUUUCUUCUUUUUUUUUUUCCACUUCUUUGAUUAUUGUUUAUAUUUGGGAAAGCUGGACGAGCAUGGUUUUGAGCCUUUUCCUGAAUCCAAGUUUUUCUAGCAUGCGAUGGUUCUGUAGACGAGGCGCUGUGUCCGGGAGUCCGCGGCGGCCGUGCCGGUGGGAGCGACUCCGGAGUCUGGCAGAAUAUGCAACUGGUUUUAUGGAAAAACAGCGAUGUGAAGUAUGGUGCCUAUUUUUUUUCCUUUGUAGAAAUAAAAAGCAUGUUUCUAACUCUUUUUUUUUUUUUUUUUGGGCAUACUCUUUUUCUCAUAAGAUUUUUGUAGAGGUGGGAUUUUACGGCAGUGUUUACAAGUUUGUGGCUUUGCAAUACAGGUACAAACCACUGAGCAAAAAAGAUAUUAAUUUUCUAUUUUUUUGUGCCCUUUUUGGAAGCCGGUGAGAACAAAUUCGUUUUUUUCCCCUCCUGUUUUUGAUACCCAUUGAUAACAUGAAACUUUUCUUGCAGCUGGUUACUGGGAUUAUUUUUACGCAAAAUACUUUUUUCCUCCUUUAAAUUAACUGACUUUUGCACAUCCGACUUUUUUAAAAAACCGAGAUAAUUUUAUGAUAGAUAUCCUGAUAUCUAUAUCUAUAUUAUCCCUUCUUUCUCUCCCUCCCCUCCCCGCAAAUCAAUUUUCAAAUGAUGGCAGUGGAAGGUUUUUCUGGAAAAAAAAAAAAAAUGAAGUGCGGUUUGGUUUCCUUGUCAACGGAGGAUGAAGUGAACAGCUGAGCAGCUCGCAGAGAGCAGGAUUAAAACAAGGUGAGCCGACCAUGACUGGCAAAACACAGACCAGCAAUGUCACCAAUAAGAACGACCCCAAGUCCAUCAACUCCCGUGUUUUCAUCGGCAACCUAAAUACAGCCAUUGUCAAGAAAGUUGACAUUGAAGCCAUUUUCUCAAAGUAUGGAAAAAUAGUCGGAUGCUCAGUUCACAAAGGUUACGCCUUCGUACAGUACAUGAGUGAGCGACACGCAAGAGCUGCGGUGGCCGGGGAAAAUGCCAGGAUCAUCGCGGGCCAGCCACUCGAUAUCAACAUGGCAGGGGAACCCAAACCAUACAGACCAAAACCUGGAAACAAGAGGCCCCUUUCUGCACUUUAUAGACUCGAGUCAAAGGAGCCUUUCCUGUCUGUUGGUGGCUAUGUCUUUGACUAUGAUUACUACAGAGAUGAUUUCUACAAUCGGCUGUUUGAUUACCACGGGCGUGUGCCUCCGCCUCCCAGGGCAGUAAUCCCGCUGAAGCGUCCCAGAGUGGCUGUGACAACGACCCGCAGGGGAAAAGGAGUCUUUUCCAUGAAAGGGGGCUCGAGAUCUACUGUCAGUGGGUCUUCCUCAUCAGGCUCCAAAUUGAAAUCAGAUGAGUUACAGACAAUCAAGAAAGAAUUAACCCAGAUCAAAACUAAAAUUGACUCCUUGCUAGGGCGCCUGGAGAAGAUUGAGAAGCAGCAGAAGGCUGAGGCAGAAGCUCAGAAGAAGCAAUUGGAAGAGAGUAUAGAGCUGAUCCAAGAUGAAUGUGUGUCAGAGAAUGCAGAUCACUCUACAGAGGAGCCUGCUGAAGGAGGGCCAGAUGCGGAUGGAGAAGAGAUGACUGAUGGGAUAGAGGAGGACUUCGAUGAAGAUGGGGGUCAUGAGCUGGUAGGAACUAAACAUUUGGUGUCCACACCCUUUGGUAACAGCACCAGCAUGUUAGCGUCUCAUUCAUCCUAAAACAAAGAUGAACUAUUUGGAGCUUA